UCAUGAAUAUUCAGAACCCAGGGAGCAGGGGUUUUAACCCUUCGCUGGCUGGGUGGCCGGAAGGUGGCCCCUCCCCCCCGCGGGCGGGAACAGGAUAUGAGCCCAGGCGGUUGGGGGAAGGGGAAGCCCCAGGCGACCGCCCCCCACCCCACAGCUGGGACCAGACUCUCCAGCCGCAGAUGUGGCGCCGCCGCCGCUGCAGCCCGACCCCCGUGCCACCCAUCCUGGAACCUGAGGGGUCCAGAGUCGCAGAUUCCGGCUUCCCGAGUCUUUGCACCGCGUCCUGAGAGACCCUGAAGCACAGGCCCCCGCGUCCAGGGUAGAGGACCCUAGAUAUCCAGGUGCCCAGCGCCCCCUCCUGGAGGAGCCGGGAGUCCGGGACAUCAGCCCCACGCGACCCUGGAGGGCGAGCUUUUUGCACCCCCGUUUGAAGAAUUUAGGAAUCCAGACCGGAGAUCCUGUCCAGGGGUGCCCAGAAAUCCCAGCUCAAGACUGACGGGGUUAGAGGAACUUGGGUUAUGGACUCCUAGCUCCCCGAAAACUCUGUUUUGCGUAGAAGUGCCCACUACUUCAAGGGGAUCCAGGAAUUUUGGACUCCCCUGCAUUCCCGCCUGGAGGUGGUUUAAUUCCUGCUCCUAGAGCUGGGGGAACUCAAGAAUCCGGGCGGCCCACGGCCCUAUCUAGAAGUCUCAGGAAUUUGGAAGUCCCCAGCACCCCCAUCUGAGACUCAAAGAGUGGAGUCUCCUGGCAUCUUCUGUUUAGAGAACCAAGAAAUUCGGACCACUGCACCCCAUUCUCCAAGAGAUCCCAGAUUCUGGUUCCCUGAGCCUGAGAGCCCGAAGUUCACGACGCUGACUUGCAGAGACCCGGGAGUCCCGGCUCUGAGCUUCCAGGGGUACCGUGCUACGGUCGAAUAAGAACCAGGCUGCCGUGGUCUGGGGCUGGAGACUCCCGGGGAGGGGGGUCUUUCACCAGAAGCCGCUGAGCCACUCAGCCAUGCCCGAGGGAGCCCGUGGACUGAGCCUGCCCAAACCCAGCCCUCGCCUUGGCCCGCGCCGCAGAGGUGAAGUGUGUGACUGUUCAACUGUGUGUGAGACUCAGACAGCAGCUUCCACAACCCCUGCCAUGGCCUCCCCCCGAGGUUCGGGGAGCUCCACAUCCCUGAGCACAGUGGGCUCUGAAGGGGACCCGGCCCCGGGGCCCACCCCUGCCUGCUCAGCCUCCAGGCCAGAGCCCUUUCCAGGGCCCCCCAUCCGCCUGCAUCUGUCGCCUGUGGGGACCCCGGGUUCGGCGAAACCCUCGAGGCUGGAGCGUGUGGCCCGUGAGAUCGUGGAGACAGAGCGGGCCUAUGUCCGGGACCUCCGCAGCAUUGUGGAGGACUACCUGGGCCCCCUGCUGGAUGGCGGGGUCCUGGGACUGAGCACGGAGCAGGUGGGCACGCUGUUUGCUAAUAUCGAGGACAUCUAUGAGUUCAGCAGCGAGCUCCUGGAGGACCUGGAGGGCAGCAGCAGUGCAGGGGGCAUUGCAGAGUGCUUUGUGCAGAGGAGCGAGGAUUUUGACAUCUAUACGUUGUACUGCAUGAACUACCCGAGCUCCCUGGCCCUGCUCCGGGAGCUGUCGCUGUCUCCGCCAGCGGCCCUGUGGCUGCAGGAGCGCCAGGCCCAGCUCCACCACUCGCUGCCUCUGCAGAGCUUCCUGCUGAAACCUGUUCAGCGCAUCCUCAAGUACCAUCUGUUGCUGCAGGAGCUAGGCAAGCACUGGGCAGAGGGCCCGGGCGCCGGGGGCCGCGAAAUGGUGGAGGAGGCCAUCGUGUCCAUGACAGCGGUCGCCUGGUACAUCAACGACAUGAAGCGCAAGCAGGAGCAUGCUGCACGCCUCCAGGAAGUGCAGCGGCGCCUGGGUGGCUGGACCGGCCCGGAGCUCACUGCUUUCGGGGAGCUGGUGCUGGAGGGCUCAUUCCGAGGUGGCGGAGGGGGCGGCCCCCGACUUCGCGGGGGUGAGCGACUGCUCUUUCUGUUCUCACGGAUGCUGCUUGUGGCCAAGCGCCGGGGGCCGGAAUACACCUACAAGGGCCACAUCUUCUGCUGCAACCUGAGUGUGAGUGAGAGUCCUCGUGACCCUUUAGGGUUCAAGGUGGCGGACCUGACCAUUCCCAAGCACAGGCACCUGCUCCAGGCCAAGAACCAAGAAGAGAAGCGGCUGUGGAUUCACUGUCUCCAGCGCCUUUUCUUUGAGAACCACCCCGCCUCCAUCCCAGCCAAGGCAAAACAAGUUCUCCUUGAAAACACCCUGCACUGUGCUCCUAAAAGUAAGCCUAUCCCAGAGCCCGUGACACCCCCACUUGGGUCUCCCCGACCUCGAGAUGCUAGAAGUUUCACCCCUGGACGAAGGAACACAGCUCCAUCUCCAGGCCCCUCCAUCACCCGCCGUGGCCGCAGACAGUCUGAGCCAGUGAAGGACCCUUAUGUCAUGUUUCCACAGAAUGCUAAGCCUAGACUCAAGCAUGCUGGCAGUGAGGGGGAGCUCUACCCCUCCUUAGAGCCUCAGCCACCAGGUCCAGCCUCUGGAUCCGCUGAGGACCUGGAAGACACUGGACCCCCCACACUGGACCCCUCUGGGACCUCAAUCACUGAAGAAAUCCUGGAACUGCUGAGCCAAAGAGGCCUCCGGGAUGCGGGGUGCCCAUUACAGCCAUCCCCUCACGACCUUCCCAAGUUCCCCGGAGACACCCAGGUGCCAGGUGACAGCGACAGCCUCACAUUCCCAGCCCUGCCCAGCCGGGACUCUUCAGAAGAGGAGGAGGAGGAAGAGCUGGAGUUGGACGAACGGGGCCCUUCCCCACUCCACGUGCUGGAGGGACUCGAAAGUUCCAGUGCAGCUGAAGUUCCUGACAUUUCUGGCCUUACCAAAAAUCCUGCUGUGCCCACCCUCCCUGAAAUUCCCAGCCUUUCUGAAAUUCCCCAAACUCCCUGCCUUCCCAGUCUCUCUGACAUUUCCAGUGUUUUUGAAAUGCCUGGCCUUCCAGCUAUGCCUAGUAUCCCUGACAUUCCUGGGCUCUCCAGCUCUCCCGCCCUUCCCUGUGACUCCUGGCUGCAAGGACCUCUGCAGGAGCCGGACGAGGCUCUGGCCACCAGGAGAGAACUGUCCCCUGGAAGGGGUUCUGGAAAACUGGGAGAGGCCUCCUCAGGUAGCAGGGCAGGUCAAGAGGAGGAUGAAGAAGGCGUGUCAUUCCCAGAUUUCCAGCCCCAGGAUGGCACCGAAGAUCAGGGAUUCCAGGACGAGCUGGAAUUCCGCUCUUGCUCAGAAAUCCGGAGCGCCUGGCAGGCUCUGGAGCAGGGGCAGCUGGCCCGGCCAGGUUUCCCAGAGCCACUGCUAAUUCUGGAAGAUUCAGAUCUGGGGGGAGGCAGUGGGAGUGGGAAGGCCGGAGCCCCAAAUGCGAAGCGGGCAGCAUCCCGAGUGCGAGAGCUGGCCCGGCUCUACAGCGAGCGGAUCCAGCAGAUGCAGCGGGCUGAGACCCGGGCCUCAGCCAACGCCCCCCGCCGCCGGCCACGGGCUCUGGCCCAACCCCAACUGUCCCCCUGCCUGCUCCAUGAGCAGGCCGAGCCAGGGCCCCUGCCUGCCUUCGGACACGUGCUGGUGUGUGAACUGGCCUUUCCGCUGACCUUGGCCCAGGAAUCUGUCCCCCUGGGCCCUGCUGCCCAGGUUCAAGUUGCCACACCUCUGUCUAAACAGGGAGGCUGCUUGGAUGGUCAGGGUCUAGAUGUUUCCAGUUUGCCUGAGCCAGACCAUCGGGGCAUCCAGGUUCCAGCCGCUACCCCUUUGCCUGAGCAAGGAAGCCUCUGGAACAUUCAGAUUCCAGCCACCACACCUUUGCCCAAGCAGGAAGUCCCCCCACAUGUCCAGGUUCCAGCUAUUACAAAUCUACCUGGUCAAGAAGGCCACCUGGAAGAGCAAGUUCCAGCGAUCGCUCGUUUGCCUGAACAUACAGGCCUUGUGGAUAUACAGCUUCCAGCUUCCACCUUUUAUCCUCAGCAAGGAUGCCAGAUGGACACCCCAGUUCCGACCAGCCCAGGUUUGACCAAGCAGGGAAGUUGUUCUGAUGUCAUGGCUUUAGCCACCACUACUGCGCUCAAGCAGGAAGUCCACCUAGAUUGCCAGAGCCCAGCCAACACCCCAUUAACUAAGCAAGGAGGUUCCAGGAAUGUUCGCUUCCCAGCCGCUGUCUGUGGCCAGGCUGUCGAUGCUUUGCUUCUGCAUGGAAGCAGCCUGAACAAUCAGAUUCCAGAAAAGACCCCACCACCCUUGGAACAUGACCUUCCAGACAUUCAGGUUCCAGGUACCUCACCUUUGCCUGCAUGCGGAGGCCGCAUAGACUGUCAGAUCCCAGCCAGCGCUCCAUUGUCUGCGCCCCAGGACCUCCCAGGCGUUCAGGUUCCAGCCACCACAGCUUUGUCCCACCCACAAGGCUUCACGGACACCUGGGUCCAGGCCCUCCCACCUUUGCCCAAGCCAGGAGGCCUGCCAGACAUCCAGAAACCUGCUGCUGAACCUUUGCUUCAGGUGCAAAGCCCCACAGACCUCCCGGUCCCCAAAUCUACACCUUUGUUGGAGCAAAAGAGCCUCACAGGUGCCUCACAUGUUCCAGCUGCCACCCCUCUGCCUGAGCAAGGAGGCUGUGUGGACGUUCAGGGCCUGUUACCUGCCCCAGUGCAGACCACCGUGAUUUUGGCCAAACCAGGAGGCCCCUCGGUCUCUCAUGUUGCCAGGUCAGAGUCUUCAGACUUGACUCCACCCCACAGUCCCCCACCCCCCACCCGUCAACUUCUGGGCCCCAACGCAGCUGCCCUCUCAAGAUACCUGGCAGCCUCAUACAUCAGCCAGAGCCUGGCUCGACGGCAAGGGCCUGGGGGUGAGGCCCCGCUAGCCUCCCGGGGCCCCUGGUCCUCCUCUGCCCCCACGUCACGGGCACCUUCACCACCCCCCCAGCCCCAGCCUCCACCGGCCCCAGCCAGGAGGCUCAGCUAUGCCACCACUGUCAACAUCCAGGUCGGGGGUGGUGGGCGGCUACGGCCAGCCAAGGCCCAAGUCAGGUUGAACCACCCUGCUCUCCUGGCCUCCACCCAUGAAUCUGUGAGCCUUCGAAAUGCCCAGGGGACUCCUGAUGCCCCUUUCCACAUGUGAGCCAGGAUAUCAGGCUUCUUGAAAAGCAGAGACUUCCACCCGAUGCCACAGACCCUCAGAACUUCACCCGGAAGUCCAGACACUGAAUGCAGGUCGAAAAAUUGCUGCAGCUCUCCAACUCCUAGGAUCUGCUUUGGCGAGUGGUCCUUAUUAACCUUGAUUAACUCAACAGGGAUGGGGAAAGGGGGUGUCAUUAAUAUUUUGUUAAUAUUAUGCAAUUAUGUCUCUCUUCCCAUUCUGGAGAUAGUGGGGGAUAACAGUAGACAACACUGAAUGGGGGAGGUCUGGCACAACACGUCAAUGGUUCUGAACAUUUGGAGACUCUCAAACUCCUUUGAGAAUUACUGGAAACUGGACCCAUUGUAAUUUGGUGUGUGAUUUCAGAGGGUUUAUGAACUGCUUGAUGCCCAUCUGGGAAAGCCAAGUUAAGAAGCUUUGUUCCAAGUAGAAAUUCAUUCCCUUAGCAGUUGAACCAGUUCACGUGUCCAUCAUCCAUCCAUCUCAUGUGCUCAGCCAUCUUUCUCCAUCUAUCCAUCUUCCAAUCCAUCAUCCCACCCAUAUGCCUUGAUGUAUUUAACCAUUUUUACCCUACUCAUCUAUCCAUCCUACCCGCACAUCUAGCAUCCAUUAAUCUGUCAUUUCACCUGUCCAUCUUAAUCCAACCCUCUCCAUUCAUCCAUCUGUCCCUCCAUAUUUCUUUCUAUUCAACUGUACAUCUCUUUCCCACAACCAUCUCCU